AUGGAGGAAGUUGAAGCUGCUAGCAAAUUAGCUAUAGAAAGCUGUCAUGGAGUUUUAAAUCUCUUGUCACAACAAACCAGUGACUCCAAAUCUCUCAUGCUCAAAGAAACAGGAGAAGCAGUUUGCAAGUUCAAGAGAGUAGCCUCUCUUCUAACCAGAGGGUCAUCAGGUCAUGGAAAGUUUAGAAGAAGCAACAACAAGUUUAGGUCAUCUUUUCCUCAACAUAUCUUCUUGGAGAGUCCUAUUUGCUGUAGUGACUACACUCAAGUUCUUGCGCCAGAGCCUCUUCGGAUGGUUCCAGCUUCAGCUGCUUAUGACGAGCUUGACCCAACAAAACACCAAUUGGGUCAUCCUUCAUCGAUGCUGAGUCACAAAAUGUGUGCUGAGAAGUCGUUCCUGGAGUUAAAGCCACCGCCUUUUCGAGCUCCUUAUCAGUUAAUCCACAACCACCAGCAGAUAGCUUACUCUAGGAGCAAUAGCGGUGUAAACCUCAAGUUCGACGGAUCUGGUAGCAGUUGCUAUACACCGAGUGUCUCGAACGGGUCGAGAUCGUUUGUGUCAUCUCUUAGUAUGGAUGCGGACUACGACAGGAACUCGUUCCAUUUAACCGGACUGUCCCGUGGGCCUGACCAGAUAUCCAGGAAGAUGUGCUCUGGUAGUUUGAAAUGCGGAAGUCGAAGCAAAUGUCAUUGUUCCAAGAAAAGGAAACUUAGGGUGAAACGAUCAAUCAAGGUGCCUGCAAUUAGUAACAAGAUUGCGGAUAUUCCUCCAGACGAGUAUUCAUGGAGGAAAUACGGACAGAAACCGAUAAAGGGCUCACCACAUCCACGGGGAUACUACAAAUGCAGCAGUGUGAGAGGUUGUCCAGCAAGGAAGCAUGUGGAGCGAUGUAUCGAUGAGACUUCCAUGUUAAUUGUGACUUACGAAGGCGAACAUAACCAUUCAAGAAUACUGUCUUCACAAUCUGCUCACACCUGA